UCUGUUUGCUUCUUGGUGUUUCCAUCUGAUUACUCCAACUAAUACUGCCCUAGUUUCAGCUCCUUUGUCUCUCUGUUCUCUGCGUUCUUUAGCAUACUGACCUCUUCACUCUUCCCCCAUUACAGCUUUCUGCCUCCACCUCCUCUACAUUUUAAUCCCUAUGCUCUGAAAAAGAUGGCAUCUUUUGCAUACCCAAUUGUUACUUUUGUGUAAACAUUGUAACCCAGUUCUUAUAUGUUCUGUAUGAGUAGGUUUGAUUUGAAAUGAUGAGUAUACCUGAGCUGUUUAUGUGCCCAAUUAGUCUGGAGUUGUUCAAAGAUCCAGUGACUCUAUGCACAGGCCUAACCUAUGACAGGUCGAGCAUUCAAAAAUGGCUGGCUGCUGGUAAUCUGACAUGUCCUGUCACAAUGCAGAAGCUUGAUGAUCCAAUCACCAUGGUUCCCAAUCACACUCUUCGCCAUUUGAUCACACAGUGGCUGCAAAUGGGUACUCAAACUCAAAACUCGAAUCUUUCUGAUAAUCAUUGCCACUUGGACACCACAGCUAUCGAUUCUUUAGCUUCACUCAAGCACAUACUCGAGUCUAAUGAGUUUGCUUUCGAGAUGAAGGUUAAAGCUCUUGAAAAGAUAUCAUUUUCAACAUCCACAAAUUACUUGAUGCUGCAGUUAGGAUACUUGCCUUUGCUACUUGAACUAGUCUUUGGACUAGUUGCAGAAGCCAGAGUAUUACUCAUCAGUGAAGAGUACUACUACAUCAAGUUUGUCGAGCUAGCACUUUCUUGCGUUCUGAUUCUGCUGCCUUUAGGGGCUGAGUUGGAGUCUCUAAAUAUGCUGAAACAAGAGAGUAGAUUGUCAUCGUUCGAAGUCUUGUUGGCGUGCGGCUCUGCAUUCAUUAGAAUCAACUUGUGCCGCCUCAUAGAGGCUGUUUCGACAUCAGAGAACAGCAGAAGCACAAAAGGGUUGUGUCGUGUGCUUGGAAAGAACCGGGGGAUCUUGAAUCAGCUAGUUCAGCUAAUUCUUCAUCCGAAUAACUCGAAUGAGGAGGCUGCAGAUGCUGCAAUCAGAGCCGUAUCAGCAUUAUCUUCAUUUGAAGGGAACAUAGAGUCUUUGGUCAGAAAUGGCAUGGUAAAUGGACUAGUGACAUACAUUACUAGAACCGAAAAGCCCGAAAGAAACUCGGCGCCAUUGGCUACGGCGAUAAUUGAGAGGCUUUUAGGAGUGGAGAGUGCAAGAGAGGAAUUGCUUAGUAGUACAAACAACAAUGGCACCAGUAGUAAUGGCAUUCAUGCUCUUGUCAAGAUGGUUUUCAGGGUAUCGUGGUCCGAAGUUGAUGAUUAUCAUGAGCCCCACCGAGGGAGUGAGAGUGCCGUUGCCUCACUUUUGAUUGUCUGCAAUGAUUCUCUUUCGGCACGAGAGGAAGCCAUUACUGCCGGAGUGUUGACUCAGUUAUUAUUGCUUAUGCAGAGCCAAUGCAGCAGUAGCACCAAAGCAAAGGCAAGAAUGUUGCUCAAAUUGCUUAGAACUAAAUGGUCUCAGGACUCGAAGCAACUAAUCUCAAUGGUCUAGCUUACAAAGUGGUCUUUGAGUAUUUAACUAUUGCUUAUAUGUUUGGCUUCUGUAGAAAUACCAAACUAUGAAUUUGUAUCU